ACAUUUUUUGGUCUGUUUUAGGGUCCCCAAAUCUGGAUUUUCAAGGCGACGCCUGCCACAGGUACCAAACCCAGAGAAAUUCUCAAUCCUAACAAUUGGAUCACAUAAAUCUAGAUCUCCCAUCCUAAACUUUUCUUUCUUUUUAUUACCACUGAAUAAAAGGCUUAAAAUUGGGGGGGAAAGCGAGGAUUUUGAGGUCUAGAGAUGGAUACGUGAAUGGUUUUGUGACAAAAGGGUCACAAAAAGCUAAAGGGGAGAAUUUUUGGAAUUUGAGGACUGGGUUUCUCUCCGUAAAAUAUGAUGAAGCUUUGCUUGAUGCCUUCUCAUGGGUACCCUCCGGGCCCGGGGCUUGCUUUUCGGCAAGAGCAAGGCGUUGGCAGGAUGAUCAAGGAGUGUCCAUCCUACUUGUCAAGUCAGGUGGUAAAACAAGAGAUAGAACAAGCAGUUCUCUUUGAUCUGAACUGCAAACGAUUUGAGAAGCCAUGUAAACCAGUUAAUGCACUAUGUGAGCCUAAACUGAUCGUUAAUGUUGAUCCAGCAGCACAAAGGCCUAUGGUCAUUGGUAAACCAGAUGCUUAUCCAGAGACAGCACACUUUAGCUUUCGGAUAGCUGAAAAGUGCAUGAGGCAUGAAAAAAUCUUGAAGUUUCUGAUGUCCGGAUCAAAUGAAGUGGAGAAAGGGGAACUUGAUUUAUCUAUGCUAUCUGAGUUGAUGGGUCUUCAACCAUUGAUGUUUGGUGUGCAUCAGCAACCUUAUGCUUCUUCUCUAAUUUAUCCAAGUAGCAAAAUCAAUGCCGAGAAGCCUCUCCCAGACUUUGUAGGAGAGAUGGUGCGUGAUUCGAAAAUUACAGUUAAUCCAGAUGGUAGAGUUAUACUUACAGGUAGUGGGACUGAGAUGACAGAUAUCCUAUCAAUCGUUGCUAAAUUUUACUUAUCCCGCAACUCAACUAAGUGGAGAAAGCAGUUGGCACUGGUUCCAAACUUCAACAGGACUCAGAGCAGUGAAGCACAUGCUAGUACUAACUUGUCUUCUCCACAGUUUGAAGUUGCAAGUAUUGCACCUGCAAAGAGUCAUGAGAAAAUCAAACUCAAGCCAUCACCAAAGAAGAAGGCCUCCAGGAAGUUAGCCAGGGAGAGAGAUCUCUACAAAAAGAAUUAUUUCCAUGCAUGUGAGAGCCUUCUUUCCUUGAUGGUUGAUAAGAGACGGCAUGGCAGAACAGCAAUUCUUUCCCUGAAGAAAUCUGGCCCCGAACUUCCUGAGCUAUUGACCCAAUUCUCUGCUGGCAUUGCUGGGACUGGUCUUGCUGUUCUUUUCUCUGUUAUUUGUAAGGUAGCUUGUGGGAGAGUUCCAUUUAGUUCUUCUAAACUCUUUAGCACUGGCAUUGGCUUUGGGCUAGUUUGGCUUUCUUGGGCAGUUAACAGGCUGAGGAAGACAGUCGUGCAAAUCAGCAAGAAUGCUAGCAAGUUGGGUCUGAAGGAUGAGGAGAUGAUUAAGAGGGUGGAGGAAAGUGUCAAAGAGAUCUACUUCAGAGCUGCAACGGUGAUGGCUGUAGCAGUGCUAAGGUUUGCAUGAAUUCCGAAGAAAACCCAUGUUUAUGACAGUGUUAGUCUUUUGGAUAACAUCUUGACUGGCUGGGUAUUCUAAUCACUAAAAUGUGGUAGUUAGCUGUGAGUUAGACUCAAGUAUAUUGAUCUUAGACAUGGAUAUCUGAAUAGAGAGGGGGAUUGAAGCAUGAUAUUUCAAGAAGAGAACUUUGAAUCCUAUGCUAUCCGUAUGGUCUUGUGAUGGCCUUGAGCACAUAUGAGCAGGACCUCAUCCUCUGUCAGCUUCUGUAUGUAAAAUAAUCAGUAAGUUGUAAAUGGAGAGGAGGGUUGUCACGGCCACACUGGUAAAGAAAGCAAUACCUGUACUAUGUAUAAAAAAUACAAUUUUGUCACUGUAUUUGAAGCUUUUCUCAACUACUAUAAUGGCAUUUGAUUUGUCAAUCCAAACGCUGCGCGCAAGACUGCAGUGGAAAAAUCACAAAUGAUAAUUAUAAUGGGCAAAGUUUAUGUAUGCUA